UCAUAUCUAUGAUUAUCUGUGUAAUCAGAGGCUCUGUCAGGUCCUACCUCUGUUGCAUCAUCAAUUGUUGAAAAAUUCGUUUCUUUGAAGUCAUAAUUUCGUUUUCGGAGUCACUGACAACACCUUCUAGUGGAGUUGACGCUCCCCUUUUUUUUUUUUUUUUAAUAUUAACUAUGUGCCCAUUUUCCCGCAUGACUCUUAUUCAAUCCGGGCAUCUCUUACAAAUUAUUAUGCAAUUUUAAAAUUUAACAAGACGCACCCUUGAUUGUUCUUCUAAGGAUUUAUUCACCAAAAAGACAAUUUAGGUUUUCUAUUUAUUAACAUAGGGCAAAACUCUUUUUUAUGCAUCUUUUAUUUGAUUUCGAAAUUGCGUAGUCGUAUUCAUAGAGAAGCACAUUGAGCAAUAUUUGGAACACGUGUUUAGCGAUUCCCUAAGUACAAUAUACAUAUAGUAAAUAAAUAUUAUUAUAAAUAUUGCGCAUAACAAAUACAUCCAUUAGACAUUUUUGUUUACAAAUGUUAUAAGCUACCUUUUAUCCUAUGUUCAAUAUAAUACAACAAAACACAUUCAUGGUCAUAAUGUUAUUGAAAAUUAUUUGUCUAGAACAUUAACGAAAUAAACCAGAAUGCGUCAGUUACCAUUUCUGGGUACAUUAUUUAGCACAUCUGCAUUUGGCUCCAAGUAUAAAAACGGAACCGAGGACUCAUUCCACAUCACAAUCGGAAGCCACAGAACAGUCAAACACAUCUUUUUGGGACCACUCCCUAAUAAAACGCGGAGAAGUUUCUCGAAGCCCACCAAGAACAUGGCUUCCUCGUUGUUUGUCCUUCUCUCGCUCGCGUUCAUCGCUAUCGCCAUCGCAUCACCCGUUCCGACGGACCAAUCAGAGACGACGGCCGCUGCCGAUAAAGAUGUUGCAUUGAUCGAUGUGGUAGAAGUUAUUGAACCUAUACCUGUAGUGGUGCCAUUGGUGGAUGAUGCAUCUACGUCUGUGCCUGAUGCCAAAGAAGCGGAUCAUAAGAUUGCGAAGAGAUCAGCCUUGCGAGGUGACAACCCUAGCAACGACCUGUUAGCUGAUUUGGACGGCCUCAAAUAUGAAAAUGGUCUAUCCAGUUUUGACGGCCGAAGAAUCAAGUUCUUACCCACGUGGUUGGGAUAAAUUUUUAGCUUUGUAAUUUUCGACUAACACUUGAUCUUAAGUAUUUUUAUUUUAUUUUAGCUAUCUAGUUAAUAGUGUGGUCAACACAAAUCUAAUGUAGAUUAUGUCAUAUUAGAUUUAUUAAACUAUUACUUGUAGUUUUCGUGCUUAAAAUAGGAAUAGAUAAUAAAAUGUAAUUUUUACUGUAUUUUAUUAAUAAAUAAAUUAUUUACAGUUACAUAUAAAUUUUUUACAGCACCAAAUUCUGCCUUAUACCAAAUAAAUCAAAGUAGUAACUUUAUACUUCACUAUCCUAAGAUUUCAAGAAAAACGCAAAUAUAUAUUUUACGUACUCGUAUGUACAAGAAGUACACAAAGUUAGCUAUUAAUUAAAAAAAAAUUAGAAAGAUACUCCUAUAGGACACAUUGACUUUAAAAUCUCCAGCAUGCAUGUUUUUAAAUAUAACUAUAUAAUUUUACUUUAUAUAAGUACGUAUACCAUAUAACAUAUAAAAAAGAGCUCGAUGCCGUAGUAGUUAGCGCACUCGAUCUGCGAUACGAUUGUUAAGCAACUUUCACAAACGCCGGUUAUAGGGUGGGUGACCAAAAAUAAAUUACCUCGAGCCCCUCCGUGCCCAGGCUUAACACCUACCAAACGACACUGGACCAUCGUGGUAUCCACC